AUGAAGUUGAUCUCCCAAUCUGAUCAUGAGAGGCUCAAUCUUUAUUAUGCCCCAGAAAUGAAGUUGUUUGUUUGGGACAAGAUCUCCAAUCUAAUUUACGUUGACCAACUGGUUGGUAUCAGUUUCAAUAACAUGUCGGUCACUAGCGAUCUCCGGCAUGACGAAGCUGGUGUCAGCAAUGAUCUCUACGAUUUUUUACAGGCAUUUUUCAAAGAGCAUCCGCAAUUUGUGAAGAAUGAUUUCUAUAUUACUGGUGAAUCUUAUGCUGGCCACUACAGUCCGGCUUUGGCUUCUCGAAUUCACAGUGGAAACAAGACGAACGAAGGAAUUCUGAUCAAUCUCAAGGGUUUCGCAAUUGGUAACAGUCUAACCAAGCUUGAGAUCCAGUAUGGGGAUUACGCCCCGUAA